UCUCUCCCUCUCUCACUCACACACUCUCUUUCUCUAUCUGUGUAUACAAAUGAUACUCUCUUUUUGUGGUUGCUUUUUUUGUUCCCUUUUUUGUGUUUACUUUACACAAGAGAAGGGAAAGGCAAGCAAGAAGGGUGUAUUUGAAAAAAAGUUUUUUUAGCCAAAAACUUUUUAACUUUUUUUUUUUUUUUGAAGCAAAGAAAAACACAAAAUAGAGAGAGAGAAGUGAUAAUUUUCUGGGGUUGAGAAAGAGAACAGAAGAAAAGACAGAAAGCUCAACGUCAGAGUUAGCCGUAAGGUUACCCUUAUGUUUGUGGUUUUGGACUAGCUGAGGUACACUCAGAAGAGAAUCCUCUUCUCAUCCACACUUCUCUCUCUCUUUCUGAUAAUGAGUUUAAACUUUAAACAACAGGGUCUAUAUUUUUGUUCAUAUUUGUGUGGCUAUCCUUGGAUUUUCCUUGGUAAUAUUAUCAUAUUAUCAAGCAUGGUUUUCAAACCAUGAAGGAGAAAAAUACGGAUUGCGGCUACACCAACACCACCAUCUGCUUCCACCUUCACUUCUCAUCACUCCCUCUUACUUGUUUCUUCUGCUCUUUCAUAAAAGCAAAACUUGUCUCUUGGCUCAGUGCCAAACUAGUUACAAGUUUUCUAGUGGUCAUAUAGAGAGACCAUAACUAUAUCUUCUCAACUUUCUUUCUCUUUUGUUUAUUUCUUUGCUUGAGAGAGUCUUGUAACUUAUUCCUGAGUUGAAUAUCAGUUAAUAUAUUUUGCCUCUUAAUUUGUUGUGUCUUGUUCUUUCUCUUUCCAGUCUAACCUUUGUAGACUGUAGUCUAGCUUUUCCAUUUUUCUUCCCUUUCUAUUUUGGGUAAGGUUUGUGUCCUUAGAUCCCAGAAACCUUUCCCAACAUUUGAAAAACCAAGAUCUAUGGCCUAUAACACAGCCUUAGGUUUCUAAAACUUGCAAGUAAAUGGAGAUGAAAGGUUUUAUGCUUAACCAGCAACAGCAGCAACAAGUAGUGGAGGAGAACAUGUCAAAUUUGACUUCUGCAUCUGGUGAAGCUAGUGCUUCCUCAGGUAAUAGAACUGAACUUGGAACCAGUACUUACCCUCAACAAUACUUGGCUCCACCACCAACUCAGACUCAACCAGCAAAGAAAAAGAGAAACCUCCCUGGCAACCCAGACCCUGAUGCUGAGGUUAUAGCCUUGUCCCCCAAGAGUCUUCUUGCCACAAACAGGUUCAUUUGUGAGAUCUGCAACAAAGGAUUUCAAAGAGAUCAGAACCUUCAACUGCAUAGAAGAGGCCAUAAUUUGCCAUGGAAGCUGAAGCAGAGAACAAGCAAAGAGGUGAGGAAGAAGGUGUAUGUGUGUCCAGAACCAACCUGUGUGCACCAUGACCCAUCAAGGGCCCUGGGGGACCUAACUGGGAUCAAGAAGCACUUCUGCAGAAAGCACGGUGAGAAGAAGUGGAAAUGUGACAAGUGCUCCAAGAAGUAUGCAGUUCAAUCAGAUUGGAAAGCUCACUCCAAAACCUGUGGCACUAGGGAGUACAGAUGUGACUGUGGAACCCUCUUCUCAAGGAGGGACAGUUUUAUAACCCACAGAGCUUUCUGUGAUGCAUUAGCAGAGGAGAGUGCAAGAGCCAUGGGUGCAGGCACAGGCAACAACACACUUCUUCCCCCACAGCCACAACCUUCAACCUCUCAUCACAUAACCCAAUUCAACCCCCAAGAUCACAUGCAUGCCUUCCCAUUGAAAAAAGAGCAACAAGGUUUCAAUGUUAGGCCAGAAAUCCUACCCCCUUGGCUUGGUCCACCAAUAACAGUAGAUCAUGAUCAUGAUCAUCUCUCAUCCUCAUCCAUAAUGUUCUCUCCUUCUCCACACCAAGAAAACCCUAACCCUAGCCUUGGUCCCACUCUUGCUGGGUACCAAACAGUCCCACACAUGUCAGCCACAGCAUUGCUGCAGAAAGCAGCUGAGAUGGGUGCAACCAUGACAAGGCCCCACCAUCAUGCUCACGUGUCUUCUUCUGCUGCUAAUAACUUUGGCUUCAACUUGUCCUCACGUGAAGAUACCACCACCACCACCACCACCACAACCUCAACAACAACCACUGCAACACUGUUUAACCAUGGAUUAUUAUCAUCACAUAAAGCUGCUGCUGCUGCUGCUUUGUCUUCUGCUCCAUCCCUUCUUCAUGAUGUCAUCAACUCUUUCUCUUCUCCUUCUGCCUUUGAAGGAACCCCUUUUGAGGAUGUUGCCUUUGGUGGCAUUAAGAAAGAUGCUGAUGCCGAUGAUGAUGAUAACAACAACUUGUAUUUGCAUGACACAUUCUCCAAAACAAGUGGUGCUGGAAAUGAAGGGUUGACCAGAGAUUUCUUGGGUCUCAGGCCUCUCUCUCAUUCUGAUAUUCUCACCAUUGCUGGCAUUGGAAACUGCAUCCAUGAUCAGCAAAACCAAUCUCAAAAGCCAUGGCAAGGUUAGCUAUAGCUACCUAGCUCCAUAUAUAUAUAUAUAUAUGGAUUUUCAUUUUCUUUUAAUCCACUAUAUAAUUUUUUUUUAAGUUUAACUUUCGUUUAUGAUCCUUUCGAUCUUCCCAAAGGGAAGGACCAUUCUGAAUCGAUCCCAAUGUUUUCAUUCCUUAUGUACUUAUUUACGAAUCGCAA